GGAGACUGUAAUCCAAAACCCAUGGCAAUGCAUGCCAAAGACCCUUGAAGCAAAUGCGUAGAAAAAGAAGAGAAAGUCCCCAGAUUCCAGGAUUGAGUCAUGUGACAAGCCAGCUCACACUUCCUGUCUGAAGGCGGAUCAAUAGCGACGUAUUAAUGGACUCUCCUCAAGAAGAAGAAAAUGACAACAUUUACACGUCCAGACAGGUUGAGCAGCUCCCCAAUAUGUUUUCAUAUUAAUGGCCUAUGUCGUGGGAAGAUUCCAACUGCGUCCACAUUGUUUAAAGGUGUACGCGCCACAGAAACAGUGCAGAUAACCCUAACAACUUUUGAAAUCUGCCUCGCAUUUGGAUGAAUGGAGCAAAGCCAGGGUGCAAGGUUCAAACUGCCAUGUGUCAUUAGUGUGUACUGCUGCUGUAACAAACUGGACACACAAGACAAUUUAAGGAGAUUAUUUUUAUGCAAAUUGACCCAUGGUGGGACUACUGAAGUGCAACUGGAGUGUCGUUUCCCCAACCUAAAUGUGGUUUGAAUGAGGCGGACAUCAUCCCCUUUCCUGCCAUUUUGAGCCACCAAGCUAGCUAAAGUUAGCUCCACAGCAACCAUGGCUGAAUUCGGGUGUAAUGAGCAUCACCAGAGCGAGGUGAUCAACUACAUGCGAUUUGCUCGAUCCAAACGCUUGUUGAGACUCAAGACGGUGGAUUCCUGCUUCGAAGAACUCAAAGACAGCAGGCUGGUGGAGGAGACCUUCACGGUGGACGAGGUGCGCGACAUGAUGGACGGGCUGCACGCGGUGGUGCGCGGCGAGGUGGAGAUGGAACUCAUCAACACGGCGCACACCAACGUCCUGCUGCUGCGCCAGCUCUUCUCCCAGGCCGAAAAGUUCUACCUCCGCUUGCAGACGGACAUCUCCGAGCUGGAGAACAGGGAGCAACUAGAGCAAGUAGCUGAAUUUGAAAAGACUGACUUUAAAGUUUCUGCUAAGAUGAACCAGGACUGCAGCAAACCCAAGUUGGCACCGCUUAAUGAAGGCGGAGUUUCAGAACUUUUAAACAAGGAGAUUGCAAAACUACAGGAGGAGAACGAUACACUGAAAGCCAAACUGCGCACUUUAGAAUCGCAGGCAAUGAAUGUGCUGGACGAGAAGACAAAGGCCCAGAGAGCCCUUAAAGAUCUCCAGAAGGUGCAAGGUGACCAGCAGCUGACGGCUCAAUCCAAGGAGAUCAGCUGUCUGGAGGACACGGUGGCGGCCCUCAAGGAGGACUACGAGCACUCGCUGACGGUCAACGCCGCCUCCCAGAAGGACCUGCAGGAGAACCUGGUCUCUGCCAAACACGAACUACUGCGAGUGCAGGAGCAGCUAGCCUUAGCGGAGAAGGAGUUGGACAAGAAGUUCCAACAAACGGCGGCCUAUCGCAACAUGAAGGAGAUCCUGACGAAGAAGAACGAGCAGAUUAAGGAAAUUAGAAAACGAUUGCAGAGAUACGAGCCGAACGAAUGAGUCCCUGUCGCAGGUUGGGCCGCCGAUCAAAUGGAAGUUCAGGUAGAACGAUGGAAGCAGAACGUACAGUAGGUUUUGGGAGCAGAAACCUUAAAUCCUGACGCAAGCAGAAUAAAGCAGCACUUUCCUGAGGACUUGUUUAUUCAUGCUUAAGCCGACGUUUUUUUUCUCUUGUUGCUUUCUGGUUUCGGAUGGGCCGAUCAGAACCUUCUUAAACUGUAAGCUAUCCGUAUCUUUGAGGUCCUAUGCAACUUCGAUCGUGUCCGCGCUAGAAGAGGCCUUCAUUGGACUCCCCGAAUGAAAAAAUAUGUUUUCUCUUGGAAGCCACUUCAUUGAAUGAGAAUUCACUGGAAAGCAAAUGAAUGUCUGCUCUUUUGAAAGUGCUGCAUCUCCACUUUUCUGUUCUCGCUCAUUGAAUGACGCGCUGCUUUGUUAGCUAGAUUUCCCUCGCUUUGCUACAUGUAACAAAUAUAGACUAUUUUAGCAAAUGUGUACCUGGACAACCCAAAUCGACAUGGUCUACAUAUAGUAAACAUAGACUACAAAAUAUUCAACUAGACAUGCAUUCUGUUCUCUGUGGACUGGCAAAUUAAAAGCUGUUUGCAAAUA